UCAGUAACACCACUACGGUUGUUCGUUGUACAUUUGUGUCGAAAAAUACACGGGUCUUCAUUAUCACCAAUAAAUUUUUAAAAAUCAAAAGUAAGUUUUAUAAAUUAAUAAUUAAAUUUCGGUAAUAAAAUGAAAAAAAUAUAUUAAUUGUUAAUUUUAAAAUUUAAAAAAACAAGUGUAUUAAUUUUUUGUUUUUUUUUUUCAUUAAAAAUGUAUUAUUUAAUUAAUUUUAUCAUUAACGUGAAUUACCAAAUUAUAAACAAAGUUCAAUUUUAGUGAGUGCGGGUUUAAUAUAAAAAAAUUUUUUUUUUUUAUUUUAAUCUUUUAAAUUUUUUUUUUUCAUUUUUAACAACGAAAAGUUUAAACAAGUCAUCUACAAGUCUGACACUUUGCUGGUUUCAAAAGUGGAAUAAAGAUGGAUAAUUGAAUUAUUUUUUGAAAAAUGAAGAAAUUAGAUUGGUGUUGGAGAAAAAAAAAAUAAAAAAAAAAUAAACAGUGAUUGAUUAUUUUUGGGAAAAAAAAAUUAAUUAAAUAUAUAAACAAUUGUAUUUUUUUUUUUGUUUUUUUUUUUACUCAGUUUUUUUAAAAACAUAUGUGUGGGUUAAUGUGAUGAAGAUUAUUUAAUGUUAUGUGUCGUGUUAAAGUGUAUUUAAAAUUAAUAAAUUUAUCAUUUUAUGAUAAAACUAUUAAAAAUUUUAUAAAUAUAAUAAUUAAUUUAAGAAAAAAAAUAUAUAUUGCGAAUGUUGAUAAUUGUGGAUGUGGAAUUCAAAGAUUUAUUCAAGCAUUGCUUGGAUCAUAUUUAUUAGAGAUUAUUGGUGGAAUCAAAAUAUACGAAAGUACGAGCGGCCCAAAUUUGGUCCGCCACCCUGGCGGUAUGGUCCUUUGGGCCACAUUACUUGUCCUGCAUGGAGCUGGAUUUGUCGGCUCAAUGACAGGUGUACCAGGUGUACCAGAAAAUGUUACAGUUAUGUUUUUAAAUCCAACAUCUGUACGUGUUUCUUGGAGCACAAGUUUAGUCGAACAGAUAGAAAAAUACGAUGUCACAUAUAAACCAACAGAUGCAAGUUACAGGAUGGUGCGGUUGGUCGCGGGUAAUAGUGAUGCAGUAACCCUUAAUGACCUACAAGCUGACACGCAAUAUCAAUUAGUUAUAACUGCUGUUAGAGCUGGAAAAAAAUACCGAAGUCGUCCAAUAGUUUUUCGUACAUUGGAACCACCAAGAACGUCUCCACAACAGGAUGCAGCGGUUACCGGUGGACCAAUACCACCACCACCAUUACCACCAUCAAUGCCACAACCACCUGGUUAUAUUCAAGUACGUGGUGUUGAAGUUGGUAUUGUUGUGAUGAUACUGAUUGUAUGGGCUGGUGCAAUAGCAUUAUUCUUUAAUAGAUGGGGUAAAAUACGUAUGUUACUACCCUAUCAACCAGACUACAAAGAACAAUUAAAAGUACCUGGUACUGGAGUUUGUGCAACAACAAGUGCACCAUGCACUCAACACUCAUCACAACAUGCAUGUUCACAACAUCUUCACUGGUCAAGUCAUCGAGUUGAUUCAUUAGACAGUGCUAAUGGUGGGGUUGUUGGUGCUGCUGGUGGAACUGGUAGUAUGGCUUGGUCUAGAUCAUCAAGACCACGAAUAAAUAGUGCAAUUGACGUUGCUGGAUUUUUAUCACAGGAAUUUUUACGUCGUCAUGGAUCAACAUCAAGAUUAUGUAGAAAAGUUCGUAGUGCUGACAAUUUACCAUUAGCAUCAUCAUCAUCAAAUAAUCAAGAUAAUGAACAUAUGAGAAGUUUACAAGACGAGAGUACUGAUAACAUUGAUAAAAUUGAAUUUUUACAAACAAACAGAGAUGAACAAGAGUCCUUUGAUGAUAUUGAAUUGUCAAAGAGACAGAGUAGUACUGAAAGUAAAGAUCAAGCUGAUGUAUCAUUGAUUGAAGUUUGUCCUCAACAAAGCACAUCAAGAGAUUGUAGUUCAAGUUUAAAUAAAAAUAUACCACUCAUAUCAAAACGUUUUCCUGGAUGGAAAUUUGGUGGUAGUCAUGAGUAUGUAAGAUGUCCUAUUAGACAACCAACUUCCAUUGACGAAAGGUUUCAUCGUCGUUCAUGUGAGCCAGAUUUUUCAUCACGUCAACCACAAACACAAGCAUCAAUACCACCACUACAACAUCAUCAUCAUCAUCAUCAACAACAUCAUGUAUCACCAAUACAACAUUUAUUACAUCAUCGUUCAAUUGAUAACAACAAUGCACGUAGACAUUCACGUAGUUGUGAAUAUUCAAAACGUGCUGAUACAAUAAAUAAUGAUAGUCAACAUUUUGGUUUACCAAUAUUGAGUAUUAGUGAACCAAGUCCACCAGAUGAAAGAGAUCGCCUCGAUGAUUAUUUGUAGAAUUUGCUUGACGAGGAUUUCCUUAAAGAACUCCUCGUUUAACAACUUAAAUUUGAGUGAAAUUUUUUUUUUCUUUUUGUAAUUAUUAAGAGAGAAUGAUAGACUCUAUUUUCCAUUGAGUCAAAAAAAUAUUUUCUUGACAUCGAACGUGUGUUUCUCUAUACCCUUUUUUUUAAAAAAAUCUAAUAAUAUACAUAUUUUUUUGUCCUACAUAUUUAACAAUGACAUAAAGAAAAAAAAAGGGGAAAAAGUAUUACGAUUGAAAGAAAAUUUAUUUUAAAAAAAUAAUAAUGGAAAAGAUGAGAUGUAUUUUUUAUACACAUGUCUUAUAAAUGUGUAUAUAAAAAAAUGAACCGUAUAAAUAAAAAUUGAGUCAUUAAAAUAAAGGAAAAAAAAUUUUUAAAAUAUUUUUAUGAAGGUAAUUUAAAAAUAAUAAUAUCAAAAAACAAAGUGGAGUGUAGAUGAAUUUGUAAGCUCGUAAAAUAUGAUGAAUUUUUAUUUUUUUUUUUUUAUCAUCAUUUUAAGUGUAUAUUUAGUAUGUAAAAUAAUAUAUAGAUAAAAUAUAUAUAUAUAUAUAAGUGUAUAAAUGUGUUAUAGAUUGAAUUGAAAAAAAAAAAGAAAAUAAAUUUAUUCAAGUGUGGUUGAUGUAUAGGUAUUUUAUUACCUUGAACAAUAGUAAAAUCAUCUACUCUAUUUUAUUUGUCAUUGUCGUUGUCAUUCAAGAUAUAUGCUAUGCUCGAUUUACGAUGUACAUUAACAACUACAAACGAAUAGAAAAAAAAUAAAAAAUGUAAAUCGAUAGUGUAACCUUAAACCUUCCCUAUAUAUACAAUAAUCGUUCGCAUAAUAUUAUAUUAUCCAAUCAUUAAUCCUCUUUUUUCUUCAAUGUAAAUUUACACUUUUUUUUUUUUUUCUAAUUUAACAAUAUGAAAUGUUAAUAAUUAUACUAUUUAAAAAUUUAUAUAAUUUUUUUGUGCUAUCUACAAAUUGAUUGUAAUUAUAUUUAAAAAACAACGAAAUUAAUUCAAGCUAAUAUUUAAAUAAUAAGAAAAAAGAAAUGUAAUUUUAAAGAGAAAAAAAAAAUUAUCAUUAUUGCCUAAUAAUAUAUAGAUUUUAAAAAAUAUUUGAGACCAAGCAACCAAGAUGAAAAAUAUAUAUUGUAGAAAAAAAAUAUAUAUUUAUCAAAUUUUAAUUGAAUAUUAAUUGAUAAAUAAUAUCAACACAAAUUCUUAUAUUCAUAAAAUGUAAUUAACGAAUUUAGAGUCUCAUUCACGUCACUAAUUAUAAUUAAUAACUUAAACAAAAAAAAUAUUAAAUAUUUAUUAAAUCAAUAUUUUUAAUUAAUCGGAUUAAAUACGGACUUAUAAAUGGAACAAAUAUAAUAUUUUGAAAUAUCAGUGUGUAGUGAUAUAAUUAAUAAAUUAAUCAAUUUAAAAUUUUAAUAAAUAUUAAAAAAAAAAAUAAAUAAUAUUUUCAUGUGGUAUAAACGGACGUAAUAUUUUAAAAAUUUUAAAUUAUAUUCCAAAGAAAUUUAAAAAAAAAAAAAAUACUAGUUUGUAUUUUAUGUAAAAAAAAUAAUAUUUUAAUUUUAAAAAAUUUAAUUUAAUUGAUAGAAAAUAUAAUAUUAAUUAUUUCAUUUUUCAUGUGGGUCCAAAGUCGAGAGUCCAAUUAUUAUCAAGAUCAAAGUAAACAUUUUGCCUUAAAAAUAGAUAAAUUAAAAUUCAACAAAAAAGAAAAGAAAAAAAAACAGAAAUUUAAAUUAAAGUUGAAUGGGCACAAUAGAACAAUUCAGAUUAAAUCUGUUUCCAAGUUAAAAUAAAAAAGAAAAGAAAAUAAAUAAAACCAUCAUCUCUGGAAAUAUUAAUAAUAAAAAAUAAAUGAAAAAUUUAUUUGAAAUCUAAUUAAAGAUUAUCUCAGUAGAAUCAGAGUCAAUCUUUACAAUAUCAAGAGUUUUUUUUUUUAUUGAUUGAUUCGAUAGUCAAUAAAUUAUUUAAAUAUUCACUCGACAUUACAAGCAAACUUUGCUUCCACUAAAUUCCAGUUUCAUGGAAAUGUAAUUAUAUCAAUUUAUUAUUAAUCUCUAACUAACAAUAAUAGAAAUUCUAUUUAUUUUUUUUUCCUUAUCUUGUUAAAUUUAAUUUUAAGUUAUUCAUUGAUAUAUCGAAUUAUAACUAAAUUCCGAGAAAUAAAAAAAAAAAAAAAAAAAACCACA